GUUUGAAAACCAAACAAAUAGUUGUUUACAAAAUCAUUGCCAAUCUUUUCAACACAUCUCUCGACCAGCUUUUGAUACAACUCUAAGAUCUCUUCGGCUGUUAUAUAUGUGUCUGUCUUGUAAUCCAAGAGUGAAUCCAAUGAAAUGAAGGCCUGAUUGCGGUUGUGGUGACGACAAUGACUUCAAGCCAUUACGAUAUCCCCAAAUGGGCUGGAAAGGCUCCAAACGGUCAUCACUUGGAUGUCCUAAAAGAGGGCAAACUUUUUCAAAAACUAAUGAUUGACGAAAAGCGGUGUUAUCUGUUUGGCCGCAACCCGACGCUCACCGACUUCUGCAUAGACCACGCGUCCUGUUCUCGAGUUCACUCCGCACUCGUCUACCAUAAACACCUCGACAGGGCUUUUCUCGUCGACUUAGGCAGCACUCACGGCUCGUACAUCGGAAGCGUGCGAAUAGAGGCCAAUAAACCGACACAAUUGCCGAUCGAUAGUCACUUUCAUUUCGGUGCCUCCACUCGAGUCUAUAUUCUUCGCGAGAAACCGAAUGCCAAGAGCUCUACAGUCGACGCCAACCCCGAAGACAUCGAACAUCUAUUAGGUCUUCCGGAGACUGAAACCGAACUCGACAACCUCACCGAAUACAAUACGGCUCAGAAUAGACGGAUCAGUACAUUAGGAAUACCCGACAAAGAGGUAAAAGUAGCGCCAAAACGCAAAGACAACGUCCGUUUCAACGAAGACGAUGAGGUAAUCAAUCCCGAAGACAUCGACCCAUCGGUGGGCCGCUUCCGAAAUCUGGUCCAGACGUCAGUUAUCCCGCAUAAAAGGGUUCGCACGGAAUCUUCCCAUUCGAUGAUACACUACGACAAGACGGCAAUCGUCUCCACCUCUCGUUCCGAUCGCAUCUCAUCCUCAGAUCUGUCGUCACAUAAAUCCCAUUCGAAUCCAUUAUUUUCGAGCUCUUUAUCGGCGAAACUGGGCAUUCAUUUGCCGAAUCCGGCGCCCGAUGUGGACCUCAAUACGCCUAUAGAGGAGAUCCAUAUCGAGCAGCCAGUGAUGGGUCCUCUCGAACAAUACGACUACAAUCCAAACGAACCAAAGAAGAAGAAGUACGCGAAGGAGUCGUGGCCGGGGAAGAAGCAGACCUCGCUUCUCAUGUGAUUCAUAUCUCUAUCAUUAGUUUUGAAUUUCAAUGUUUGCAUCAUUUUAUAUACAGUAACUUCAAAUAUAUUUUCAAUCAUCUAAUCCUUGGC